GUACUUCUAGCUUCGUUUGUUGCCCCUUUUGUGCUUUUCGCUUAGUUUGGUUUUCACUGCGGGAGGGGGAGAUAUACAGUGAGCGGGCAGAUUAUUUGCGUUCUCCUUUUCCUUUUCUCUCUCUCUCUCUCUCUCUCUCAGCUUUUUGCCUUUCCUUUUCGAUUCCAGAUGGAUGAAGAUAGUCAGGAUUCUUAUGAGAUUAACAGCUUUUAUGUGAACAAGGUGAUGCGUCAAACCAACGGUUUUGGUCUAACCAAGAAAAGGAAGUUACAAGAACACCUGAACUUGCCUCUAUCAAAGCACAAGUUCGGGAUUAGGAGCUCGAGUUCUGAACAUGAAUAUCCAUUUCCAGAAGAACCAGAAUUCUCACAGAUGCAUUUACUGAAAGAAAAAACUGUUCGAGGGCUUGCCAAAAAUGGAUCAGAACAGGAAUCUACAAAAGAUAGCAAUAGCUUUGUUGGAGAAUCCGACCUUGAUAUUUCCCCUUACACUGAUACUGAAUUUGAAAUACAGGCCUACACCUAUGACCACCAUUCCACUUCAUCCGAUAGUUGCAGCAGCAAAUUUAUCAAGAAUGCUCUUCCCUUGGAUGAUAAAACUAUCAAAGAAAUAAGCUUUGGUAAAGAUGAACCGAUAGUCAUGGGUAAACUUAAUCUCCCAAACCUCGCGAAUGGACAACAGUCCGAAUCAGUAUCUCAGAGCAUUGACACAGAGUUCCCAGAAUUUGGAAAAUAUGUCGAUUACAUUUCUCCAGCAUUUGGGGACGAAGGCAUUCAGCAAUAUUUGGAUGAAGAAGAGGACGAUGAUAUGCUGCUUUAUUCCAAUGGGGCCACGUCUAAUUUGUUCGUACUCUCUUCAGGACGAUGGAGCGUCAACCAAGAGGCUCGACUAGGUGCCAAGAAACCGACAAUUGAUCAAGAAUUUGAGCAGUACUUUUCUAUGUUAAUGCUGUAGCAGCUUUUAAAUAAUGUCUGCAACUGAAUGUACAUGUUAAAUGAUCCCAUGUUGACUAUGGCUGUACCACUUUUACGGCUUAUAUAAAGAAACAAAGAUGGGUGCAUCUCACUAGAAUA